CUCCCCUAGCCGCUCCUGACCCACCUACCCCGCUCCCGCGCCGCGUGCAGAAGUGCUGUAGUCUCUGAGCCGUCCCGCAGUCAGCGCCGCGGCGCCCGGCCUCCCGCACGCCCCGCAGGUAGUACCCCCGCCCGCUGCCCAGAGUGCGCUCGCGCCGGCGCCAGCUCUCGGAGAAACGGCGCGCCGCGCGGAGAUGACAGCAGAGGAGAUGAAGGCGACCGAGAACGGGGCGCAGUCGGCGCCGCUGCCCAUGGAGGGAGUGGACAUAAGCCCCAAACAGGACGAAGGCGUGCUGAAGGUCAUCAAGAGAGAGGGCACAGGUACAGAGAUGCCCAUGAUUGGGGACCGAGUCUUUGUCCACUACACUGGCUGGCUGUUAGAUGGCACAAAGUUUGACUCCAGUCUGGAUCGCAAGGACAAAUUCUCCUUUGACCUGGGAAAAGGGGAGGUCAUCAAGGCUUGGGACAUUGCCAUAGCAACCAUGAAAAUUGGGGAGGUGUGCCACAUCACCUGCAAACCAGAAUAUGCCUACGGUUCAGCAGGCAGUCCUCCAAAGAUCCCCCCCAAUGCCACGCUUGUGUUUGAGGUGGAGUUGUUUGAGUUUAAGGGAGAAGAUCUGACGGAAGAGGAAGAUGGCGGAAUCAUCCGCAGAAUACGGACUCGCGGUGAAGGCUAUGCUAAGCCCAAUGAGGGCGCUAUUGUGGAGGUUGCACUGGAAGGGUACUACAAAGACCAGCUCUUUGAUCAACGAGAGCUCCGCUUUGAGAUUGGUGAGGGGGAGAACCUGGAUCUGCCUUAUGGUCUGGAGAGGGCCAUUCAGCGCAUGGAGAAAGGAGAACAUUCCAUUGUAUACCUCAAGCCCAGCUAUGCUUUUGGCAGAGCUGGGAAGGAAAAGUUCCAGAUCCCACCAGAUGCUGAGCUGAAAUAUGAGUUACACCUCAAGAGUUUUGAAAAGGCCAAGGAGUCUUGGGAAAUGAAUCCAGAAGAGAAGCUAGAACAGAGCACCAUAGUGAAAGAGCGGGGCACUGUGUACUUCAAGGAAGGCAAAUACAAGCAAGCUUUACUACAGUAUAAGAAGAUUGUGUCCUGGCUGGAGUAUGAAUCUAGUUUUUCCAGUGAGGAAGCACUGAAGGCACAGGCCCUUCGACUGGCCUCUCACCUCAAUCUGGCCAUGUGUCAUCUGAAACUACAGGCCUUCUCUGCUGCCAUUGGAAGCUGUAACAAGGCCCUAGAACUGGACAGCAACAACGAGAAGGGCCUUUUCCGCCGGGGAGAGGCCCACCUGGCCGUGAAUGACUUUGACCUGGCACGGGCUGACUUCCAGAAGGUCCUGCAGCUCUACCCCAACAACAAAGCUGCCAAGGCCCAGUUGGCUAUGUGCCAACAGCGGAUCCGCAGGCAGCUUGCCCGGGAGAAAAAGCUCUAUGCCAACAUGUUUGAAAGGCUGGCUGAGGAGGAGAGCAAGGCCAAGGCAGAGGCUUCCCCAGGAGACCAUCCCUCUGACACAGAGAUGAAGGAGGAGCAGAAGAGCAACAUGGCAGGGAGCCAGUCUCAGGUGGAGACAGAAGCAUAGCCCCCCUCCACCAGCUCUACUCCUGCGGCUGCCUGCCCCCGCCCCCAAGUCUCCCCACUCCACCCUGUUAGUUUUGUAAAAACUGAAGAAUUUUGAGUGAAUUAGACCUUUAUUUUUCUAUCUGGUUGGAUGGUGGCUUUAGCGGGGAGGGGGGAAAGAAGUAGGCUGGGGGAUUGAGGUGGGGAAUCAUUUCAGGGGGUGUCACCCCCUCUUCCCUUCCCCCAUUGCACAUGAACGUAUGUCCAUCCAUACAUAUUCAUCAGAAUGUUAAUUUAUUUUGCUCCCUCUGUUAGGUCCAUUUUCCAAGGGUAGAAGAAGCAAGUGGUAGGGAUGGGGUCUGAUAUGAACCCAGGGUGGAGAGGGAGACUCCUGGGCAGCCGUUUUCCUCAUCCUUUCCCUCUCCCAGUCCGUUUCCAAACGUGGCCUCCAUGUGGGUGCUAGGGACAUGGGAAAAACCACUGCUGUGCCCAUUUCUUCUCUCUGUUCCCUUCCUCGCCCUGACGGUGUGGCUGAUGAUGUCUUCUGGAGUCAUGGCGACCACCCGCUGUCCCCCAUUCUGGUGUUUCCCCUGUCAGUUUCCCCUCUCAACCAGGUUGUAUCCUGAAAUCCCCUCAGCCUCUUCUCUGCACGUUGCUGAAGGUCCAGGCUUGCCUCAAGUUCUGUGCUUGAGCAAUAAAGUGGAAACAAUAAAACUUGGG